UUAAAUGGAAACUCUGAGUCCCACCCACAGCAGUCAAGUACAGACAGAACUGAAGCUGCUUAAUAGAGAGCUACGUCCUCCAGGAAGAGACUGCAAGCAGACUAAAAUAAAAACACAUAUUAUUUGGUCAUCUUUGGCAGACCUUUGAUUGACAGUCCACUUUUAUUCCUAAAGCCAUGAGCUACCCUGGAUACCCCCCUCAGGCCGGCGGUUACCCACCACAGCCUGGGGCUUACCCUUCACAACCUGGUGCUUACCCACCUCAGCCUGGAGCUUACCCACCCCAAGCUGGAGGCUACCCACCGCAGGCUGGUGGUUACCCUCCUCAACAGCCUGGUGGUUACCCUCCUCAACAACCUGGUGGUUACCCUCCUCAGCAGCCGGGUGGCUAUCCUCCUCAGCAGCCUGGUGGCUACCCUCCGCAGGCUGGAGGCUACCCACCACAAGCUGGAGGCUACCCACAGGCCCCCCCUCAAGGCAGCUGGGGCGGGGGCCCUGCUGGUGGAUACCCCUCCAUUGGUCUUGGCAACUUAUCCAACCCUGGAUACAACCCUGGCAUGGCCCACCAGACCCCUAUAAGCAUGGGGGGUUUUACUCCAAACCCAUCCAUGUACGCCCAAGCCCCCGGGGGGUACCCACCUGCUGCUCAGCCCAGCGGGUAUGGUGCCCCCGCCCCUAACCAACAGUCAUAUGGCCUGUACCCACAGCCAGGAGGAGGCAUGCAACACCCCCAAAGCCAAGGGAUGGGCUACCCUGGUCAGCCUGGUCAGCCUGGCCAGCCUGGCCAGCCUGGCCAGCCAAUGCCCGGGUACCCUGGUGCACCCCAACCCAACCAACCCAUGCCAGGGUAUGGAGGAGCACCAGCACCUUCACCAGGUUACCCAAAGGCCCCUUCACCAAAUCCAUCCAUGCCAGCUUACGGAGGAGGAGGAGGAGGAGUCAUGCCAAUAGCUCCACCUAUCAAUAGAGGAUUCAGGGGAACAAUCAAGGAUUUCCCUGGAGCUGACCCACUCAGAGACUCAGAGGUGCUGAGGAAGGCCAUGAAGGGCUUUGGUACUGAUGAGCAAGCCAUCAUCGAAUUACUGGGGAAUCGCUCCAACAGGCAACGUGUGCCUUUGCUCCGAUCCUACAAAACUGCCUAUGGCAAGGAUCUGGUCAAGGACCUGCAUUCAGAGCUGUCUGGAGACUUUAGGAAGCUGGUCAUGAUCACGCUGAAGACCCCUGCUGAGUUGGAUGCUUCUGAGCUCCACAGUGCCAUCAAGGGAGCCGGAACCGAUGAAGCCUGUCUGAUAGAGAUCUUGUCUUCUCGCUCCAACGCUGAAAUUAAGGAGAUAAACCGCAUUUACAAACAAGAAAACAAGAAGACACUGGAGGAUUCCAUCAGUGGGGAUACUUCCGGACACUUCCGCAGGCUCCUGAUCUCCCUUGCUCAGGGUAAUCGUGACGAACGUGAGCAUGUCGACAUCUCUCUGGCUAAACAAGAUGCUCAGUCUCUGUAUGCUGCUGGAGAAAACAAGCUGGGAACAGAUGAGUCCAAGUUUAAUGCCAUCUUGUGUGCAAGGAGCAAACCUCAUCUCAGAGCAGUGUUUAUGGAGUACCAGAAGAUGUGUGGCAGAGAUAUAGAGAAGAGCAUCGAAAGGGAGAUGUCCGGAGACCUUGAGAGUGGCAUGUUGGCAGUGGUGAAGUGUAUUAAGCACACACCUGCCUACUUCGCUGAGAGACUUUACAAGGCCAUGAAGGGAGCUGGGACCAAAGACACAACCCUGAUCCGGAUCAUGGUUACCCGUUCUGAGGUCGACAUGUUGGAUAUCCGUCAGGAGUACGUGAAAAACUACGGCAAGUCGCUGUACACGCACAUCUCUGGAGACACAUCAGGAGACUACAAGAAGCUCCUACUGAAGUUCUGCGGCGGCAGUGACUGAAAAGGAAACAGUGACUACUACAUUAUAGAAAUGCUCUAUAAAUAUCAGUUUCUUGCCUUAUCUAUAUGCACAUGCCGCAAACCUGCAUGCCAUGCCAGUACUCUCAAUGCAAUGUUUACUUUUUUUCAAGAGCCACAUAUAUAUAUAUUGCUACAUAUUGUUUUUUUCUAUAUACAGUAUGCCAAAAAGGUCUUUAUAUAUUUUUUCACUUGUGAUAUCUUUGCUGGAUAUUUGUGUUGAAUAUGCAUGGCCAUACGAUAGAAUUGAAAGAGAUUAAAUUAGAUUUUUUUCAGAGCUAUAUAUUUUUAAGAUAUUUUAUAUCAAUUUGCCAAUAUGAUCAGAUAACUAAAUCUGACACGUUUAUCAGCUAAUUGUCAGGCUUCAGCAAUGCUGAAUUAGUUACCAGACAUAGAAUAUAUUGCAGCUAAGUGCCAAAGUUGUCUGUCAAUGUUUGCAAUUAUGUUGUCCCUUCUAUAUUUGUUAUUUUCUUUGUUAAUCACAAUUGGCUUUAUAUGCAAAUAUGUCAUGUGUAUGGUUUAUCUUUUUUUAAGCAUGUAAAACUUAAGCUUUGCAUUUCAUCAGUUGUUGGUGAUUUUAUGUUCAUGAAUCUCAGAAAAUAAAUGUUGAGAACCUGCGCCGAAAGGGUUUGAGGUUCAUCCAUCACAUGAACUUCA